AUGAAGACGACAACCUCGGUCCUCCAGCGGUGCCUCUGCCUGUUCACUCUGACCAUCCCCGUCCUGAGCGCGACAUACUCCCUCUCCGAUAAUGUCGUCGGCAGCGGAUUCAACAGCUUCUUCUCCUACCAAGCCAUCUCCGACCCCACACACGGCCGAGUAAACUACGUCGACAAAGGCACAGCACAGAGCAAGAAUCUCACCUACGCCUCCGGCAACACGUUCAUCCUGCGCGCGGACCACACCACGACUCUCAGCGCCAGCGGACCCGGGCGAGAUUCGGUGCGGUUGCAGUCGAACAAGCAGUAUAGCACCCACGUCGCCGUGUUUGAUAUGCGACAUAUGCCCCAGGGAUGCGGGACCUGGCCGGCAGUCUGGGAAGUCGGCAACAACUGGCCUAACCAGGGAGAAGUAGACAUCGUCGAGGGCGUGAAUGACCAAAGCCCGGACCAAGUCACCCUACACACCAGCUCAGGCUGUACCAUGCCUUCCUCGCGGUCCAUGACAGGAUCGUCCACUGGCACCAACUGCGACACCGCCGCUACUAAUAACGCAGGGUGCGGCGUCAAGGUGAACGGCGCCAACAGCUACGGGCCCGCGUUCAACAGCAACGGCGGCGGGUGGUACGCCGUCGAGCGUACCAACUCUGCCAUCAAGGUCUGGUUCUGGCCGCGGAACAGCGGGAGCGUGCCCAGCGACGUGCGCAACGGGGGGAACAGCGUCAACACCGGGAACUGGGGUACGCCGAGCGCGCUCUUCCCGAGCACCAGCUGCGACAUCAGCUCGCAUUUCGGCCCGCACAAUAUCAUCAUCAACUUGACUUUCUGUGGCGACUGGGCAGGUUCGGUCUACAGCUCGAGCGGCUGCCCCGGGUCUUGUGUCGAUUAUGUGAACAAUAACCCUUCGGCGUUUAACAACGCAUACUUCGACUUCGCCGCGAUCCGGGUCUAUACCUGA